AUGGCUGCAUCUAUCGAUCUCCGCCCGCACGGUGCACGAGACGCCAGAGAAAGCGAUGAACCUUCGACCUCUGAGGACAACUCAAGCGAGUCUUCGAGCUUCCGGGACUUCAUGAGAGUCUUUACAUUCGGCCAAACGACAGACUACGCUCUCGAAUCUAUCGCCAUCAUCGCCGCCAUCGCGUCCGGCAUCGCGCUAGCCAUAGUAAACCUUGUUGUCGGCCAGUUCAUUUCAUUGUUGAGCGACUCUCAUACAUCUGAGCCUGAUGGUUUCAUGUCCGCUGUCCAGAGAACCGCCCUCUACUUUGUUUACAUCGGCAUUGUGCGAUUCGCAUGUACCUACAUAUAUGCCUCCCUGUUCACGUUUGUCGGCCAACGUCUGACUCGCAAUAUUCGACACGAGUACCUCCGCGCCGCGUUCAGCCAGGAAAUCGGCUUCUUUGACCAGGUCCAAGAAUCUAUCUCCAUGCAAGCUACAUCCAACGGUAAAUUGAUACAAGCCGGGAUCGGCGAGAAGCUCGGCAUGCUUGUACAAGCCAUGGCCACCUUCAUCGCUGCCUUUGUGAUUGCUUUUAUCAGCCAGUGGAAGCUCACCUUGAUCAUCAUCGGCAUGGUACCUGUACUGCUGAUCGUCGUUGGAGGCGUUGCAGGCUUGGAUGCGCAGAUUGAAGCUGAUAUUCUCAAAAUCCAUGCCGAGGCAGGGAGCUAUGCCGAGACAACCCUGGCAGGGGUUCGCACCGUCCACGCUUUUGAUCUUCGGGGGAGGGUGGUUAGUCAAUACGAUUCUUUUCUCGAAAGCUCAUUCGGACUCGGUAUGAAGAAGAAUAGAAUCUACGGCGUCCUCUUUGGUGGCGAGUAUUUCAUCGUCCAUGCCGCCAUGGGGCUGGCGUUUUGGCAGGGUAUAGCGAUGGUCAACCGCGGAGAAGUUCCUGACCUUGGCACCGUUUUCACUGUUCUCUUUUCAGUCAUCAUCGGUACGAGUACAGUCAUGUCUAUCGCGCCGCAGAUGGUCAUGUUUGGCCGCGCUGCGACAGCGGCGACUGAACUCUUUAGGUUGAUUGACAGGCAGUCGGAAAUUGAUCCCUUCGAUGACUCGGGCGAAAGGCCUGACAGUCUUGUCGGUGACGUCGAGCUCCAAGACGUUUCCUUCAGGUAUCCUACGAGGCCAGAUGUCACCGUCCUUGAUAAGUUGAGUCUACAUGUUCCGGCAGGCAAGGUCACAGCCUUGGUUGGAACCAGCGGGUCAGGAAAAAGCACCGUCAUUGGCCUUUUGGAGCGCUGGUAUGACCCAACGGCUGGUAUCAUCAGACUGGAUGGCAAAGAUGUCAAGGACUUGAACUUGCACUGGCUCCGUACUAACGUCCGUCUUGUACAACAGGAGCCCGUUCUCUUCAAUGGCACAGUUUUUGAGAAUAUCGCGGACGGUCUCGUCGGAACACCAUGGGAGACAGCCUCGCACGAUGAGCAACGACAACGUGUUGAGGAUGCUGCUAAGCUCUCUUUUGCCCAUGACUUCAUCGUCGGCCUGUCACACGGUUAUGACACCAGAAUCGGAGAAAGAGGUGGCCUGCUCUCAGGUGGGCAGAAGCAGCGUGUUGCCAUCGCACGCAGUCUCGUAUCUGACCCGCAGGUGUUACUACUCGACGAAGCAACCAGUGCACUCGACCCUCACGCCGAAGGCAUUGUUCAGAAAGCCCUGAAUAGAGCAUCUCAGAAUCGGACAACUAUCGUUAUCGCCCAUAAGUUGGCCACCAUUCAGAACGCUGACCAGAUUGUCGUCAUUUCUUCGGGCCACGUCGUUGAGAAGGGUAGUCACGAUGAUCUACUCGAACUGAAAGGAGUGUAUUACAACCUCGUCAAGGCUCAAGAUCUAUCUCCAACUGAGACCCUACAGACCCCAGAGCGCUUCUCAGAGAAAGAACCAGCCCCAAACAGCACGCCUACGCUUGAUCUCCCACUAGCCAAGAUCAAAGCAGUCGAUGAGACCACCCUAGUAUCACUAAAGGAUCGACAAGACUUUGACACAUUCCAACAGCGUGGACUACUCGCUGCCCUUUUCCCUGCACAGGCCCUGCUUCUUGGCAACGUCCUCGACGUCUUCUCGUCCCCAGACAUGGUAUCACGAGGCAACUUCAUCUCUCUCAUGUUUCUUGUCAUUGCAAUCGGGUGCCUCAUCGGCUAUUUCUUGUUGGGAUGGUCUAGCAACAUGAUUGCACAGACCCUCGGGAGGAAGAUCCGAAAAGAGCUCUUAGAUUCCAUCCUUCGCCAGGACCUGCAGUUUUUCGACCGUUCUGAGAACACCGUCGGUGCUUUAACAAGUCGACUUGACUCAUACCCUCAAGCUGUCUUCGAGUUUAUGGGUUUCAACGUAGCACUCCUGCUCCUCGCCAUCAUUAACUUGACCGCCUGUAGCAUCCUGGCCAUCGUUGUCGCCUGGCGACUUGGCUUAGUUGGUGUUUUUGUUGGACUUCCUCCUAUGCUUUUAGCUGGGUGGGUGCGCAUAUGGCUCGAGAUUAGAAUGGAAAACGCCAUAGAUAGGUCAUCUUUGCAGAGCUCGUCAGUGGCAUCUGAGGCAGUCAUGGCGAUACGCACCGUCUCCUCUUUGGCGCUAGAGCGACGGGUGCUAGAUAAGUAUACACGAGAGCUGGACAUGGCUAUCUGGAACUCAGUCCCAUCCCUAUUUCAUAUGAUGGUUUGGUUCUCACUUACCCAGGCAAUUGAAUACUUCGUCCUUGCAUUGGGCUUCUGGUGGGGAUCGAAGCUCAUCAAUGACGGCCAUAUCAACUUCUAUCAAUUCAUCGUCUCUUUUAUGGGAGUCUAUUUCUCUGGACAGGCGGCAAGCCAGCUGUUUGUUUUUGCGGGCAAUUUCACCAAGGGUCACAUGGCCGCCAACUACUAUUUCUGGAUAUCUUCUCUCGAGCCAACGAUUCAGGAAACCGCCGACAACAGAGACAAGGGGCCAAAGGAUGGUUGCAAGUCUGUCAAGCUCAGUGAUGUUCAGUUUUCCUACCCUCUAGCACCACACAAUCAGGCCCUCAAGGGAGUUUCUCUCAAUAUUCAGUCUGGCGAGUUCGUCGCUUUUGUUGGACAAUCCGGAUGUGGCAAGAGCACAAUGAUCUCGCUAUUAGAGCGUUUCUACGACCCGACCACCGGAAGAAUCACUAUCGAUUCAUCUCCUCUCGACUCGAUCAACCCUCGCCUGUACCGCAAACAUAUUGCUCUCGUGCAGCAGGAACCGACAUUGUUUCCAGGUACUAUCCGCGACAACAUCUCACAGGGCAUCGAUACUACGGCGUCUGAUACAGAGAUUGAGGAGGCUUGCCGUUCUGCCAAUGCCUGGGAUUUCAUCGCCUCACUCCCCGAGGGCCUUAAUACUCGUUGCGGAACGGGCGGCAACCAGCUCUCCGGUGGUCAGCGGCAGAGAAUUGCAAUCGCGCGCGCUUUGAUCAGGAAGCCUGCAGUGAUACUGUUAGACGAGGCAACAAGCGCACUCGAUACUGAGUCUGAACGUGUCUUCCAAGCAGCCUUAUUAGACGCAGCAACAACGGGUAAUAGAAUCACCGUAGCUGUUGCCCACCGCCUUUCCACCAUUAGGGAAGCAAGCCACAUUUUCGUUUUCCACGAAGGACUGAUUAUUGAGAGUGGGAGUCAUGAAGACCUUGUUAAGCAAGGUGGAACAUAUGCCAAGAUGUGCGAAGCACAGAAGCUGGAUCAAGGAAUGUGA